AUGAACCGAGGAGUACCAACUUUUGCAUUGUUACUUGUAGCAUUGAUUGUGGCAUCCUUGCCAUGCAUCGCCCAAGCCAAAGGAGGAGAGAUUGGGCAGAUCCCUGUCCUGAACUUGGGAGGGGACUUCGCUGGAGGUAAUGCACGACAAAACAUCUGCGAUCGGUACGAGGAUUUUGCCACUGGCAAGACCCAGCUUCGAGAUGCUCUUUCCAGAAUGAAGCUCCAUGCUCUCUUAAUGAAUGAUGAGUUCCUCAGUUACACAGCAAAAGAGGGACUGAGCCCCGAGGAUCCAGGAAUCAUAGCAGAAAUCAUGGAUGUCUUGGCGGAACGGGCAAAUUUUACGUGGAGAGACUCCUUUGGUGUGAUGGAGGAAACUAGCUUCUCCAACAAGUCAUGGACUGAGAGGUUGAUUUGGUCUGUGGAGAACUUUGAUAUUGCUGUCAGCUGCAAUGUCAAUCUGUUGAAUUGGGCAAAACCCUUUGAACCCGCUGUAUGGGCUGUUAUCCUCAUGACAAUCAUACUAUCUGCUGCCGUUUACCAGCUGAUUGAGCAGCUCAGUGAUGAAAGAGAAGACAGAUCCUGGUUCCAGUGGUUCUCAGACAAUCUCUACCUAAGCUCACUGAGCUUCACCCAGAACUUUGAGUAUGCCCCCAACAGUGUUGCGGGACGCAUAUUUGGGGUGAGCACUGGAGUUUGGGCUCUUGUCAUUACAGCCACCUACACUGCCAAUCUUGCUUCUCUCUUUGUGGAAACACAAAGACCAUCUGUGGUUAUUGACUCUGUGGAACAAGCUGUCUUACUUGGUGUCCCCAUUUGCACAUGGGAAGGCACUAACCAACAUGAGUUUGUCAGCAACAAGUACCAAAAAGCUAUCUUGGUGCCCAAGCCAAGUCAGCGGGAGCUCUACAAAGCUCUGCGGCGUGGAGAGUGUGGUCUGGCAGUGGGGUACAGAGACAGUUGGUUGACUUACGAAAAACAGUCCUUGUAUAACCCUGAUUGUGAUUUGGAGUGGGUUGGCAGGCAGAUCAAGACAAUCAAGUCAGGAUUUGCAGUCAAGGCCGAUGCUGGUGAUCUCUGCAGUAGCUUCACCAGAGACGUCUUGAAUGUGCAUUUUGUUGAAUUCCUAAAUGAAGGUGGCCUGGAUCGGCUCUGGGAAAAGCAUAGGUCCAAAAGCCAGGAUCUAAACUGUGCCGCUGCAGAUGAAGGGACUGGGACUGUCAGUAUUUUUGAUGGCAGGCGCCGUCGCCUUGGGGCGAAUGUAUCUUCAGUGGCUUCAUCAACACCUGGGAACCACCGCAGGCUCAAGGCUGCUGCGCGGGCUGCAGCUAGUUCCACCAGUAGUGAUGGCUCGAGCUAUGAUGCACUGUCAAUGCAUCAGAUGAUUGGUACAUUUGCACUCCACUGGAUAUCCAUGACAUUUGCUCUCCUGGUCAGUGUGGUUGCAAAGUACUACAGCAAGUGGGAAAAGAAGGAGUUGGCUAAGCAGGGUUUGGAAAGAGAACAACAGACAUUCAGGAAGCAUGGUCCAAUCGUAGGGAUGCCACCUCGUGCCAACACCUUUGUAAUUCGGAACGUUAAUGGAAAAUCAAACCAACCAACGGACACAGUGGAGGCUACUCGAAAGGAAAUUGCAGAGAUGCUCAAACGACAAGAUUCCAAUGCCCAAAGGGAGAGGUUUUUAGCCUUGGAGGAAACUCGAAAGGAAAUUUCAGAGAUGCUCAAACGACCUAGUUCUGGUAGAAGCCUCGACCAGCGAAGCAGGGAUGCCCGAAGGGAGAGGCUUCUUGCCUCCCAGUGCACCCAAGCUACUUAUAGUCAUGAGAGCUUGUUGACUGAAUUGCAGCUAAGCAACGAUGACAUGCAGCCAUCAGAGCCUGAUACGAAUGUCCCCCUGAGAGAUGGCUGUGGAGGUUUGUCUCAGAAGGCAGGCCUGACAGAGGGACAGCAACUAUUUGAAAACAAGCUGGAGAAUGUUGAAACUAGGAUGGGAACGAUGGAUGACAAAAUGGAGAUGCUCCUGACGAUGCUCAAGCAACAGAAUGAUCUCAUCCUUGAUAUGAGAAGCCAGCUGCACUCUCUGCAGUCGUAG